GUGUGUCCAAUUUGUUUGUGUGACGGCUGGGCGGCUGGUGUGCGGUGGUUGUCGCCCGUGAACUGCGAGGCCACAGACGACCGAAAAGCGACAGAGUGCUGGCAGCGUGUCACUAUCAUCUGCCCCGGUUGCAGGUUGCCCGGUCUCCACGUACAGACUCGAAGUGUCCGCGAGUGGCCCCCUCUUCCGGUCUUUGUGUCUCGGGUCGCAGGCGAGGAAGCAGCACUUUUGUGCCAAGGUGAUAAACCGAGGCUGGCCGAUCUCGCCAUCUUCGUGGCCCGAUUCUGCCACCGCUUGCUCCGGCAUACCCCGCCCUCCUCGGUCCUCGGACGCUCUGAUUGGGUCUGUCACCCACCCACUAUUCGUCUUAACCUUGCGCUUCGGUCAGAUCAAUGGCAUCAGAAAUGGUGUGUUGCUGCCAACGGUAGAUGGAUUCGCGUUUUUCCAAGUCACCGAAAGCCGUCUCGUGUGCCCGGCAUGGGCCGAUUGGGCGAAAUAAUCGGGUCAAAUGUACACGUUUCCAUAACGGAACGACCACGGGUUAGAGAACAAAGUCAGCCCUGUCCGCCAUGA